AUGCCCAUAUACGAUUAUAAUAAAAAUAUGGGAGGAGUGGAUCAUUUUGACCAGUACAUGUCGACGUAUAUUUCAUGGAAAUACAGGAGAUGGUGGAUGAAACUGUACUAUUAUCUAAUUAGCACCUCAAUUGUCAACGCCGACAUAAGUUAUAAAAUGAAUUGUAUCAAGAGGAAUACAAAACCAAUGUCUGCUUUGAUGUUUCGUAGUAAUUUAGCUGAUGAGCUAACACAAGAUAAUUGCACCAGAAAAACACCAGGUCCAAAAGUGAUUGUUUCCAAAACAAAAUGGAAGAUCUGUAAACACGACAGAUACUGUACGAAAAUCGGGCAUAGAAAAACAUUUAUCCAUGAAGGGAAACAUGACGGUGUGGUACUGUAG